GAAGACAGAAGCUGCGGCACGAAAAGACCAGAGAUGCUCCCCUCCACUUAUAGCCCCUUGUAGCCAUGCCCAACCCCAAUAGGAAGCAGAGAGAUAGAGAGAGAGGCUCAGUUCUUGAAGUCAGAGCAAACAGCGCUCUCUUAUUUCCUACAAAUCUGAUACUCCGUUUUGCUCUGUUUAUCGUGAAGAACUUGUUUCCGCAAGGGAUGGGAUUGGGUUCUUCUUUCAAGGUGGGAUUCUGCCAUGCUUCUGUCAUCAAGGUCACAAGUUUCUUCCGCCAUAAGAUGUGAAGGAGAACAGAAGGGAAGCUGCAGUAAAAACCAUGGCUUUGUAAGCUUAGCUGGGCUUGAAACCUCCUGAAGAAGGAAAAAAGUGAUCUUUUUAAUCAGUUCGUGGAGCUGAAUCUGGUGAAGUUGAAGAGGGUGGAGAUGUUGGGGAGAAGAGUUCAUGGUGGUUCAAAAGUUGCUGUUUUGCUGCAGAAAGAAGGGGUUUCGCCUGAUACCAUCCAGGCGCUGCUUGGUUCCAGCUCCGGUGGUUUCCAAGACAGCACCUAAAAGUUUCUCCUUUGCUUCAGCUUCAACAUCCAUGCUGAAUUUUGAAGAUGUCUGCCGUCGGCUCGACGCGGAAGAGGUUGGUGAUGAAGACGCUGAAGAGUAUCUUCAUCAGCCGGAGAAGAAAAGGCGGCUCGCCGUCGAUCAGGUCAAAUUUUUAGAGAGAUUCUUUGAGCUCGACAACAAGCUCGAUCCGGAGCGAAAAAUCCAGCUCUCAAAGGAGCUUGGCCUGCAGCCCCGGCAGGUGGCGAUAUGGUUUCAGAACCGCCGCGCACGGUGGAAAACCAAACAGUUGGAGAAAGACUAUGAGUCUCUGAAAGCCAACUACAAUUCUCUCAAAGCUGACUAUGAGAAUCUCCUCAAGGAGAAGGAGAUUCUCCAAUCAGAGGCAGCUCAUCUUACAAACAAGCUUCUCCUCAAGGAGAACACCGAAGCUUUCCUCAAGCUCGAAGAAUCCUCUCCUCCGUCGCCAAAACCAGAGUCUGAUUCAUCGUCCAAGGCGGCGAUUAUGAAUGCCGGCGUAUCGCCAGUUUUACGAUUCAAGCAAGAGGAUCUGAGCUCAACGAACAGCGUCGUCAUCGACUCGGACAGCCCCCAUUGCGCCGACGAGGUCGGCCGCUCCCAGCUCUUCGAACCGGCGGUUUCCUCCAACGUUUUCGAGCCGGACCUGUCCGACGUCUCCCACGCCGGCGGGGAGGUUGAACCUUACAAUUUUCUGAAGCCUGGAGAUGGUUCAAAUGACUAUGGAUUUCCAGUAGAUGAUCAGGCUUUCAUGUUCUGGCCAUAUUGAAGAAAAUUAUUAUGUGAUUAUAUAAAUAUAUUUUUUAUAUAUGUUUGUGUAUUAUGUGAGGGUUCUUUAUGUCAUGGUGCGAGGAAUAUUUAGUCUGAAUAAAAGCCAUUAAGUGGCUUCUGCAAAUUAAGUUGUGAAAUUUAGU